AUGGCACUUACCAGCGGAAGGGGGGUGAGGCAGGGGGACCCCCUCGGACCCCUGCUGUUCGCGGCAUCAAUCCAGCAGCACCUCAGACGCACAGCAGCAGAGCACCCAGAAGUCACGAUCCUAGCAUACGCAGAUGACAUCAUCAUGAUCGGACCGGCGACAGCAACGCUCGGCGCGCUUAAGUUGCUGACGCCGCUGCUCGCCCAGGAUGGCCUCACCUGCAACCUCAGAAAAUCGUCGGCGUGGUCCACGACGCCGCUUGAGGGUGACGAGCUCCCCGAGGGCCUCCCACUCACCCACGAGGGGGUACGGGUGUUGGGAAGUCCCCCGCAGAAUCGGCUACUUGCUGCCCUCUCGGAAUGGCACGCGUGGUGCGCCGAACUGCUCAACACCGCCCUGACUGCCGCCAGCAUCCAACCACCCCGCCGCGAAGCCGAGUUCAAUUUUCUCAUCCGCCAAGCAACCCUCCCAGUGGCCCUAGGUGGACUGGGCCUCACGGAUCCCACAACAGAAGCAGCACCAGCCUACCUGGCCUCAACGACAGAGGCACUACGCCUGCUCCGCUCACUCGACCUACCAGCAACCGCGGCGCUAGGGAGCAAUAGCAACGCCCUGCAGCCGUCUGCGGCACACUCGGUGGCGAGCGACCUCGUCGUCACCAUCGGCCAGAGCGCCUUCCACGUGCACCAGUACCCGCUCUUCUCCCUGUCGACGGAGAUCGCGAGCGCGGCAGCAGCAGCGGACGAGGCACGGGCCCCAUGCAAGCGGAACUCUCCUUCUUCUCUGGCAGCGCGCUCGCCUUCGUCCCCAUCGCCUGCUACUGCUACGGCCGCCCCUGCCGCCUCUCGCCCCACUCCGUGCUGCUUGUGCGCUCCGCAGGUACUGUCGCCCCUGGGACGGGAGGGGGGGAGUGGGGGAGUUGGGGAACUGGGGGGCUGGGGAAGUGGGGGAGUGGGGAAGUGGGGGAGUGGGGAAGUGGGGGAGUUGGGGAGUGGGGGAGUGGGGGAGUGGGGGAGUGGGGGAGUGUGUGAUGUGCAGGCUCUGAAGACAGGGUCACCGGACCAGGAAGCUGAAGCAGCGCGGGUGAAGCGACAGGCAGCAGAGUAG